AUGGCAGACCAGAAGUGUCCACAUUCUAUGGCAGCUUAUAUAGUCUCUGAUUCCCAGCCACUGAGGAGGGCCAAGAGAGACAUACAGGGUUUAUACAAAUCAAAAACAACUUUGAUUAACAAAGAAAAUAUCAAAGAUUCCAAGCUUGUUUAUAGAAUACAUGGAAAAGAGUCGAUGGUGGUACUAGCUAGUGGAAUAUUUGAUGCCUCUUUCACCCAUUCUUUCAAGAGACACAUGCUUUGUGGAAGGACCAAGAGAAAAUGGGAAUUUUCUGCAUUGGAAAACUAUGGAAGCAAAGGAAGCCAGUUAAACAAAGCAACAAUAAUGUACGGAACCAAAAUGGGCAAGACAUAUUGUAGGGCAUAUACUUUGCAGCAUUUUCCAAGCCAGUACCCCACAAUGAAUUGUUCACUGAUUGGAGAAGGUGGCCUCUGUAUCAGUCAAUGA